AAAACUUUUAGUUCAUUACGGAUUUGACGCAAAAUGACCAUCAAGGAGCACUUCCCGUGUGACAAUAGCAUACCCUCUACUUGCAAAUGGGUUGCUUAUUACCAUUUGGUUUUCGCAAUCGGAGGUCUAAUAGGGUUAACAUUUUACACGAUUAACACCCGCACACCGUUGCUCCGUGCUACGGAAACUUACUGGAAUCAGACAAGCCAAGCAGGAGGAUCGUAUAAUUUUCAUAGCGAGAGUUCCGAAACAAGUACAGACCUUUGGAACAUUAAUCCAGCCCUGCCCGUCGUCCCUUUGAUGCUUGUCUGGGUUAAGAAUGUGGAAAUAUUUUUGCAAGGAGUAAACUCGAGGGAUCCGAAAAAGCUUAAGACUUGGUAUAUUGUUAGCAUUCCUAUGGCGAUGUGGUCUAUCUUACUUCUGAUUUUUUUCCGGGAAUUUAUAACGGGAAAUAUUAUAAAUAUUUAUUACAUGUUGGCCAAUCUGCAUGCAUUUCUGUAUGUGAGAAGUUUGUCAAACGAGCUACGGCAAUCGUAAUAAAUG